AAAUUACUUUAACUGAUCCUUCGAAUAUAGACAAAAUCUCUUCAGGCAUCGGCUGUUAUAAUUUACCAUUUUUAAAUGUUCUUGACAUCUCCCACGUUAAUUCUCCACCUUCAAACUCUCUCAGCCCCAUUUACUCUAGUCAAAAUUCUCCAGAUUCUACCAACUCUAAUCCUCCUGUGGACCAAUACCCUCUAGAAAUUACUUUCCUUGAACCUUCGAAUAUGGAUCAAAUCUCUCCAGGCAUUGACUAUUGUAAUUCUCCAUUUACAAAUGUUCUAGGCCCCUACUACGUUAAUUCUCCACCUUCAGACUCUCUCAGCAUUAUUCACUCUAGUUGGAAUUCUCCAAAUGCUGCCACCUCUAAUCCUCUUAUGGUCAAAAACCCUCUAGAAAUUACUUCGAGCAUGGACCAAAUCUCCUCAGACAAUACCUGCUAUAAUUCUAGCACAGAUCAAAACUCUCUACCUUUAUAUGCGUACCAAAACGUUACUUACUCUGAUUAUCCACUGCUAAAUAUCGAUAAAACCCAACCAAUUACAUCUCUUUAUGCACACGUAACUAUAUAUGAUGACGAACUUAUGAAUGAUCUUUCCCAUUAA